AUGUCGACCGCCGAACUCGCCUCGUCGUACGCCGCCCUCAUCCUCGCCGAUGAUGGUGUCGAGAUCACUGCCGACAAGCUCCAGUCCCUCAUCAAGGCUGCCAACGUCACCGAUGUCGAGCCCAUCUGGACUUCCCUGUUCGCCAAGGCUCUCGAGGGCAAGGACGUGAAGGACAUGCUGGCAAAUGUCGGUUCAGGUGGUGGUGCCGCCGCUGCUGGUGGUCCCUCUGCUGGUGGCGCCGCUGCUGCUGGCGGUGCCGACGAGCCCGCGGCCGAGGAGAAGGUGGAGGAGAAGGAGGAGUCAGACGACGACAUGGGAUUCGGUCUGUUCGACUAA